GUUGAAUGCGAAAGGAUCCUCUUCGGCUAUUCCCACGCGUUAAAUUCAACUAUUCGUAUGAAGUUUCAUAUUCCCAAGAAUACCCCUUACGAUCCUCCUAAAUUCCCGCACUCGCAAUCAGGGUUUUGCCGUUAUUUCCUUGCCGACUGAAUGGCUUUUCGGUAAUGGAUUCGACAACUAUCGUUUUUCAACCUCCAUGUCUCUCCAACGGUCCAACAUUGACUCUGUCUCUCUCUCCCUCUCUGAAGGACUCUGAGUUGCCCGUCAAAUUUAACUUUGUCUAUGCACUUCUCAAUCCCUCGAGACCCUUCCAAUUUUCUACAUCAAACCUUUUAACCCUUCAGUUUAUGAUUAGUUUCUUUCUCUCUGUGUGUGUUUUUCUUUCGUUCUGGGAUUUUUUACCGUUAUCUGGCUGGACGUGAUGUUGAUCGAAAGGAUGCUGGAUAUUUUCGUCCCCUCUUGGUGGGAGAUCAAGGUCACUGUUGCGGCUUCGGUGUUUGUGAUCGUCGCCUACUGGUUCUUCACGUACCGGAGCGGUGAUGUCGAUGGUGAUCGAGCACUCGUCGACGGCAAUUCGCCCAAUUCUGGGGACACUGAUGGAGACAAGAUGGGCCAAUUGAAAGGAGAUCCUCAAACCAAUUUAGCAUACUUAAUCAAGUUGGAAUUGUUGGCAGCUAAAAAUCUCAUCAGUGCAAAUUUAAAUGGCACAUCAGAUCCAUAUGCAAUCAUUACUUGUGGUACAGAGAAGCGAUUCAGUUCCAUGGUUCCUGGUUCAAGAAACCCAAUGUGGGGAGAGGAGUUUAAUUUUUCUGUUGAUGAGCUUCCUGUUCAGAUUAAUGUGACAAUAUAUGAUUGGGAUAUAAUUUGGAAAAGUGCUGUUCUUGGUUCUGUGACUGUUCCAGUUGAAAGUGAAGGCCAAACAGGUGCAGUUUGGUAUACAUUGGAUAGCCAAUCAGGACAGGUCUGUCUCCAUAUUAAAACAAUAAAAUUGGCCGUAAAUUCUUCCAGGGCUAUGAAUGGCUUUGUUGGAGCUCCUACUCGAAGAAGGAUUUCUUUAGAUAAACAAGGGCCAACAGUGGUUUACCAAAAGCCUGGGCCUCUUCAAACAAUAUUUAAUCUCCCUGCGGAUGAGGUUGUUGAUCAUAGUUAUUCUUGUGCACUUGAGAGGUCAUUCUUGUAUCAUGGCCGUAUGUAUGUUUCCGCAUGGCGCAUUUGCUUCCAUUCAAAUGUUUUUUCUAAGCAGAUGAAGGUGCUUAUACCGUUUGAAGAUAUAGAUGAGAUACGAAGGAGUCAGCAUGCAUUUAUUAAUCCUGCUAUAACAAUUAUUUUACGCAUGGGUGCUGGUGGACAUGGCGUACCUCCUUUGGGUAGUCCUGAUGGGAGAGUCAGAUAUAAAUUUGCAUCAUUUUGGAACAGGAAUCAUGCAUUUAGAGCUUUACAGCGUGCAGCAAAGAAUUUCCAUGACAUGUUAGAAGCUGAGAAAAAGGAGAAGGCAGAGUCAGCUCUGCGUGCACAUAGCAGCUCUGUCAGAGGAAGUAAAACACAAGCUAAGAUUCCUGAAGAUAGUAUGCCAAAAACUGGAAAACUUCAAUCUUUUAUCAAGGAAGAAGCUCUAGUCCCUAUAUACAAUGAUGUCUUUCCAUGCACAGCUGAGCAGUUCUUUAAUAUAUUGUUGAACGAUGAUUCAAAAUUUACAACUGACUAUCGUUCAGUUCGGAAGGAUACUAAUCUUGUUAUGGGACAAUGGCAUGCUGCAGAUGAAUACGAUGGUCAAGUCAGGGAGAUAAAGUUCAGAUCCCUUUGCAACAGUCCAAUGUGCCCACCAGACACUGCCAUGACAGAGUACCAGCAUGCUGUUCUAUCACCAGACAAGAAGUUGCUGGUGUUUGAGACUGUUCAACAUGCACAUGAUGUUCCUUUCGGGUCCUACUUUGAGGGUGCUCCUUACUGAAAGAGGGUGGAAGUUUGUGAAAAAUAUGAGUUUGGAGUUAGCCACGGCACGCUAGUUCACUAAAGCUUUGGAAGAUUGUUUGAAGGUUGGGAGGAAGGAAUUCCAUAUGGUGCAUUGGGAAGGAGAUAGGGCUUCAUAGCACAGAGGUGCUCAAACUUUCAAGGCGCGUUCAUGGCACUGGUGGAGUACGGAAGGGCUGGUCGCUGUAACUGCAUCUUUAUACUUGAAGAUAGGGACAGAAUGGGAUGGAGGAAGCUGACGGAGGUUUUAAGGGAGGUUGGACGAGAAGGUGGCUCCUUUGGGUCGGUAUCGCCAGUGACAACGGUAGCUCAAUCUUCUACCCGAUCGUACAUGGAGGCUCUCCAACAACCAAGGACUUUGGACCUGUCCCAUCAACCUAUCAGGCUGGAUGCCAGGUAUGGCACUUUGGCUAGAUUGAGAGGAGCUACACCGUUGCAACAGUGUCAAAACCCCCCAAGUUUAGUGGCCCACAACCAAGCUGCCAACCAUGCCAUAAUAAGCCUUGACGGGCCCAUGGCUGAUGCCUUGACACGGUCACUGACAAGGUUGGACAACCCCGCAGCCCAUGUCUUGACACUAGCGCUAACAAGCCUUGAAAACCCCAUGGGUCAUGCCUCGACACUGUUACUGACAAGCCCUGACAACAUCACAGCAGCCCCACAGGCAUGUCAUGGCCUAGCAUGGCAUGCCCAGGACAACCCCCACAGGCAUGCCAUGGCUGCUGCCAUGAGCCAGCCUAGG